AGGUCACGAUCACGUUAGAGGACGUUUUGACACUGUCCUGUAUGGCUAUCGAAGGUGAUGCCGUCGUAGUUGACAUACCAGAUGAGGAGUGGCCGAAGAUCUGUUUGAGACAUUUAGGACGGGUUCCUGAUGAUCUUUCCGGCGGUGUCGUUGGGAUUGUUUGGCUGAGGGAUAAAUUCAAUCAUUUGCCAGGAAAUGCAUCCCAGGAGGUUACAGAGCAGUUUGCACGAGCUUAUGCUCUAUCUCUAGUGGGAGGAGUAUUGUUUCCGGAUCGGUCUGGAGCUACGGUGCACCUACAGUACCUACUUUUGGUGGAGGAUUGGCAGAGAGCUGGACGGUUUGCCUAGGGAGCAACUAUUUUAUCCUACUAGUUCCUUGAGAUGGGUAGGUCGGCUUUGCACAUUACGCAUUCCUCCACUUCUUUAGGAGGUGAUCUUGGUGGAUGGGUCCCCUUACUGCAGCUCUAGGCGUGGGAGCGAUUCCCACAUCUGACACCGCGACAUUCGGAGACGAGGGCGCAGAUUGUCGAGGAUGCAUCCCCACGUGGUGUUCGAUGCUUCCGUCCAACACUCGUCAGUAUGGUGACCAGCUAUUCCAGUACAAAUUAUGGUUUGACGAGAUGGAAACCAUGGUGUGGCAACCUUACGUUGAGAGAGCACUUCAUCUCAGAGGUAGUGUGAUACAGUCUGAGACGUUUCGAGCAGUAGUGCCACUGAUAUGCUUUUCAGCGGUGAUGUGGCACCAUCCACACCGCGUGCUCCGGUAGUUUGGCAUGAGGCAGCCUGAGCCUCAUCCGCCACAUCCUGAGGCCGAGGUUAGGUUUUUCCUUCGCCAGACUACUCGUGGGCCAUCAUGUGGGCAGCAGUUGGUACACGCCUCCAGAGAGUCACUUGCUUUUUGGAACCGUCAACAUG